GGCAGAGAGCGGGAACGCUGCCCGGAGCCCCAGGGAGCACCUGAAGGGCGCCGGGGGACGUCCCGUCGAAGGGCAGCGGCUCGCACCUCUUCUGGGGGGAGCGGGAGCGGCGGGAAGAGGGAGGAGGAGAAAAGCCGAGGAGAGGGGCUGAGGAAAGCGGGAGGGAAGCGAGCCGGAGUGCAGAGGAGGAGCUGAACGCAGCGAGGCGGCGGGCAGGGCUCAGUCGGGCCGGGAGCUGCCAGCCGGAGCGGGCGGCCGGCGGGGGCAGGUGCGGGAGCCGCCUACAGCCGCAGGGCGGCGGCCGCCCGCGGGGCAGGGGCUCGGCUGGGCGCUCCGCGGGCCCUAUGGUGCGGCGGCGGGACCCGGCUGCUGCUCGCCGCCUUCCGAGGGGGCCCGCGGAGCGGCGCGGGGCAGCGCAGCCCGCCGGCACUCGGCUGGCAUGAGGAACCUGCCGAUCCUCCUCCUCCUCCUCUCCCUCAGCUGGAACUUGGGCCGGGUGAAUGGUGUCCAUCCAGAAUGCAGAUUUCAUCUGGAGAUUCACAAGGAAGAAGCAAAGUGCAGAGAACUUCUAAAGCAUGCAAAACCAGUGGACUACAAAGGAUGUGUUGGAGUUUGGGAUAACAUCACCUGCUGGCGUCCUGCAAAGAUUGGAGAGACUGUUACUGUCCCUUGCCCAAAAAUAUUUAGCUUUUUUUCUGGAAAACCAGGAAAUAUUAGCAAAAAUUGUACCAGUAGUGGAUGGUCAGAUAUUUUUCCUGACAUCUUCAGUACUUGUGGAUAUAAUGACUAUGAGGACGAUUAUAAGGUCAACUUCUAUGUAAGGGUGAAGGCAAUUUAUACCCUUGGACACAGCGUAUCUCUGAUUGCUCUCACAACAGGAAGUAUAAUUCUUUGCCUUUUCAGAAAACUUCAUUGUACUCGGAACUACAUCCAUCUGAACCUGUUCCUCUCCUUCAUUCUAAGAGCAAUCUCUGUUUUAGUGAAGGAUGAUAUUCUUUAUUCCAGCUCCAACACAGCUCACUGUCCAGAGGACCAAACCUCAUGGGUGGGCUGCAAAGCUAUUUUGGUGUUUUUCCAGUAUGGUGUUAUGGCAAACUUCUACUGGCUAUUAGUUGAAGGACUUUACCUCCACAUCCUCCUUGUGUUAAUAUUCUCCCCCAACAGACAUUUCACAGUCUAUCUGCUGAUUGGAUGGGGAAUUCCUACUAUAUUCAUUAUUACAUGGACAGUGACACGGAUUAUUUUAGAGGACACUGGUUGCUGGGAUACAAAUGAGCAUGGUGGUCCUUGGUGGGUUAUACGAAUACCAAUUUUAAUUUCUAUUAUAGUGAAUUUUAUACUUUUCAUCAGUAUUAUAAGAAUCUUGCUCCAGAAGUUAAGAUCUCCAGACGUUGGAGGAAAUGACCAGUCACAGUACAAGAGACUUGCAAAAUCCACGCUGUUGCUUAUUCCAUUAUUUGGAGUUCACUACACAGUGUUUGCUCUGUUUCCUGACCGCAGUUCCAACAAUUACAAAAUGAUCUUUGAGUUGUGUUUGGGAUCUUUUCAGGGAUUAAUUGUUGCAGUCCUGUAUUGUUUUUUGAACAAUGAGGUACAAGGAGAGCUAAAAAGAAAAUGGCGGAGUUUGUGCUGGAAGCAGACAGCAGGCAGAGACUACAGACUGGACAGCUCGAUUUCUCGAAAUGGAUCAGAGAGUGUUUCUCAGCUCCAUCGGAAUUCAAGGGCUCAGUCAUUCAUGCAGACAGAGACCACCAUGAUAUAAAUCAGCUAGGUCCCCAAAAUAUGUAAAAACUGUGGGAUAUAUUCAUUAUAUGCAGCUUGAUGUGGUAUUUUCUAAAAUGUACAGUUCAUUGCUUUGCUUUUCUAUAUGUUGGUACUUGGGAAAUUGAUUUGUGCAGUCAACCAGGUAUUAACAAAGGCACCUGCCCCAUGGAUGCUUUCUGUUCUUUUCUUUAGUGGCAUUCAUGCUAGUUUUGAUGUUCUCUUACUGUGUAUUAUCCAUAACUAUUCAAAAACUCAUUUACUAUAAAUGUCCCUUUUCCCUCCAGCCUGUCUUUGAAACAGAUGUGUGGGAUCCUGUUCAAUGCAGACUGCUUUGGUACAUGUUGAAAAGGUUAUGAUGGGAAGCAGGAAAAUUUCUUGCACUGUAUUUAUACUUAACGUAAUACUUCUUUCCUUAAGGAUUAGGAAAUUCUUUCCUAAUUAUGGAAAACAAAAGAAAAAUAAAGAAAUGUGAGGCUAUAAUUAACCACGUUGGGAGCUUAGUGUGCUAAUCCAGGAAAUCAUUAACUUUACACAGAGAGGAAAAAAAAAGUGAGGCUUCUUAGCUAAUUGUAUGAAUGGCAGAGGUGACUUUCUACAGAGUUUGAUUCCUGUCCUGCUGUCCCCUUUGAAAGUGCACGUUUUUAUGUGUUGGUGCAGAACAUAGGACUGCCUUUGCAGUCCAAGGCUACUGUAAUCGUUUUGAUUAAAACAUCAGCAUUUGUCAGUAGUGCUUUCUAAUCACCAGUUGUACUCUUCUGUUUAAAAUCAAAGAGAUUUGUGUUGAUCGUGUAUUACACAAUUUUCUGAAGAGGAGCUUUAUUGCUAGAGCAGUCUAUCAUAAGAUAAACAGCUUUGGAGAGCAUUACCCAUUGAAACUAUCAUUUUUAUUUAAUAGUUUCAUUGAAUUAUAUCUCUAGAACUACAUAUGUGGCAGCUGAAACAAGAAAUAUUGCAAUAAUAUUAAGUUAGAACUCCCAUUUAAGGAACAAUGUAAAUGAUCCUAGUAUGAUUCUAUUCUGUGUCUAUCUGAGCUGAUUUAAAAUUCAGUUGUGGCCAUGACUCCAAAAAAUAAAGUUAAACACAAUCCCUAAAAAUGACCAUAAAAGGUAUAAAUAGAAGGAAUUCUCAGCAACACCAAGCCUCCUAUGCAGCCACUUUGUAAAAAAAAGGGGAACUGACAAGUUCUUAUAAAUACACAUAGAACAUUUGCAGUUUUAAAAGAAAUAAACCCAGUGAUGUUUACUUCUCAUGUUAUGUUUAACCAUGUCCACUCUGAAUAACAAGUUUUGCAUGAGCACUGUUGACUGAUAAAAGCAAUUGCUCUGAUAUCUCAGAUGAUCGAUCAUAUGAAGCCAGCAGAAUACAAGGUCAGUAAUAUUGCUGGGGAAAGGAAGGAAUAGUGGCAAGGGUAUGUCUUGGCAGGCAUUCAUGUACACUCCUGGAAAUAUUACUGGGAAUACUUUUGGCAGUCAUCAAAGUGUCUGUACAUCUCUUGUUCUGAUUUAAUUUAGCUGUUUGUUGGUCAAACACAAUUUAUUGUAAUGGAGUUACCCUGGAGUGAUACAUAGUUCUGUCAGAUCAAAGACAGGAAAUGUUCCAUGACUGCCCCAUGGGCAGCAUUCAUCAGUGUUGCAUGACACCAACCUUCACUGUGCUUUAUGCAAGCAUCUUCAUGUCCGUAAAGACCCAGAGGGCACUGUUCUCACUUAUUUCUACUUCCAGAAAAUUCCUGUAUCCAAAUAACUUUACACAAAUUUCGAGCAUCAUCCCAUCAUCAUGGAACUUGUUCAACUUCCGUCUGCCUUUUCACACACAGGUGCACAGUCUGCUAAAAUGUAUGCAAAAAACUGAAAAUCAGUUUGAUGAAUCUAGUACUUGUUCAGUGUUUCACAUCCUUACAAUCCACAGAAAAAGCUUUGUCUUGCAUUAGAUUUUGCACAACUCUGUGGAGUCCUGCUGGUGACUCUUCAGAGCCAAAAGGACAAUGCAAGAAAACUUUUGACUCUCAUCCCUGAACAUAGUUUGUACUCAGUCCUAGUAGCAUCAAGGGGGAAGCUGGAGGAAGCAGUGCAGGUGUAUGCUCUGCCUGAAUGGCCUUCUCACUUAAUUCUCCUCCUCUUCAUUCCUUUACUGCUUUUCUCACUUUGGUUGUAUCAGGAUCCAAACUGAGUCAUAAAGGCUUCAGAGCAGGAACCGUGCUGGAUUAUUUUCCCACUGAAAAGCCAGUAGCACAUCAUGUGUGCUCUUGGGUUAACUGAACAAGAAUGGUGAUAAGACUCACUCUUGUACUGUGCUUAGUGGUUGUACUUUACUUGCCUUGGAGCCAGGCAGACAACGCCAUUCAUUUUGAGUGAUUUUUAUCAGCAUUACCUGCUGCUGAUGCCUGAGGGACACGCUGACAGAUUACUUUCCAGUUGCUGAUUGUGACCAGAAUCUAAAUAUAUAGAGUUAACUUAACUUUUCCUCUUCAAAGAUGAUGAUUUUAGCUAGGUGCUUGAUAAAUUUAGGUGAAAUUUUUCUACCAUUAUUUACAUACUUAAAAAGCCAAAUGUCUGUUUCUGAGCUAAAGGCUUGUUUUAAGUGCCUUCCAUAAUGGUCAUAAAGAAAUAGGCACUAGUUGUAGAUGAUUCAUCCCAUGUACUGCUGUGCAUCUAGGGCACAUACAUAAACUGAAUCAUGUUUUUCUCUGUAUUUACUAUAAAAUGAGCCAAAGGUACGGUAGGGUUGAGUAGGGUAGGGCCGGGCAGGGUAGGGUAGAGUGGAGUGGUGUAGAAUAGAAUAGAAUAGAACUGAACUUGGAUUUCUCACCUUGAGUCCACAAUUAGGCCUCUCCAGAAGAGUCUGUUGUGUUGCUAAUAGAUGAUACCUAGAUACUCUCUUUUAAGCCAAGUAAAUUGAUUGACAAAACUUAUCCUUCCAGAAAUGUUCACAUGAAGGCAAUGAAGGAUCCCUAGUCCAUUCAGUGGGGUGUCCCUGUGGUUGACUGCCUUCCAUGAUAAAUGCAAUGGCGUUAUGACUUGUAUUGAUUUGCCUGGGUUCGGCUUUCAGCAGUUGUUCUGUGUCAGGUCUUUGCCUUUUUGUCUUUUGUAGAUGGGUCAUACACUAAAACAAAGUGCUCUUGAAUACAAGAAAUUUUCUUUAAGUGAAAUCUCUUGAAUCCCUCUUGAAACAGUCACAAUUUCCUGAGAAACUAAACAUGUAAAAUCUCUAAAAUUCUGAGUACAAGGCAUUUUCUCGAAUGUUUUUUCCUGUUUCUCUUCUGUGCCUCAUUCAAAUUUAGAAUAGUUUCAUCCACAGAAAAUGAAGCAGUCUAUCCUGAAGGGAUAUCCCUUCAGGAAUGCAUACAGCAUUGACCACAUUUCUCACUCCCACUCAGAGUUGACGCAGUCAUGCCAUUAUCUGUGCAUUCAUUUCAACUGCUGACCAGGAGCUGGUUAAUGACAUAUGGUGAGAAUAUUGCUGGCCUGAUUUUUCGCUGUAUAAAUCAGUAACAUUGUUAAGGCAUGCUGACCUUGAGUCUGGCACAGGUGCAUUAAUGUGCUUUGCAAAAUGACAUUAGGAUUGUGGAAAGCAUCCUUUAAGCCAUUCAGAGCAGUGCUGGUUUCCAUGAAACGCUGAGUUUGACAUGUAUUUAAGUAGCUACUCCAUGCAUACCACCACACUGGAGUGUAUGAGAGCCCAACGGACUGUGCCCAAACAAGGUGGUGAUGCGUGCUGCAUGUAGCCAGCUGAGGAACUACUCGGUUUAAGCAUAUGUUGGGACUGUACUGUAGUGUCAAUAACUUGCUAGCCACAAAAGGUGACAGUUUAAAAAGCGUUCUAGAGUCAAGUCAGAGGCAGCUUGCCCCACUGUGUAGCACUUUACAUCCUCAUGCAUCCCAGACAGGCUUCCCUCUGCCUUUAACUUGAUGAAGGGGAAAGCUGAGAGUUGCUCAGCAAACUGGGCAAUCUGUCCAACCGCCUGUGAAAUAAGUCAUUGCCAAAUGCAUGCGUCUCACGCACCAAGCAAGAGGACUGAGAUGAGUCAUUACCAUUAUUUGUCGCCUAUUUUUGUGAGUGCUAAAAAACUUCUUCACUUGACACUGAAUUUGUCCGUUUUAGCAAAGUGAUUGUGAAUAAAGUCCAAACUCACUUCUACAGUUCUUUUUUUCCGACAACUUUAAUGAAAAUCAGACAUUAAAUAUGUCUGAUAAAAAAAGUUCAACUGACAAGUAGACUGUAGAGAAAGCUACUUUGUACGUUAGGGUCAUUGUAUGAGCAACUGCUGUCUGUGCAAAGUAAUACAGGAAAUACUUUGACAAGCAAAAGUUCCUUCACAGUACCAUGAGUGCCUAGAUCAGCUGUGUGCUGUCAGUACUACCACCUUGACGUAACCAAAUAGCAGAAGGUAGUAUGCAGUACUGUUCUGUUGCUCAAAUAAAUAGCGUUGAAACAAUAAAUUCUGACAUGUAGAAGAGUAUAUCAGCUUGCAUCAGUAUGCCAGUAUAUCAGCUAUUUAAAAUAGCAUUCUUUGAUACGGUUUAAUCAUUCUGUGUUGAAUCUGGUUCUGCCCAAUGACGACAGUAUGUUGGAACCAUUUCCAUUGUCAGCUAAAACAGUGACUGAAAUGUCCCCAAAUCCUUUAUUUCCCAAAGCACUGUAGUAAAUUUCUUAUAACCUGCAGCUUUUAUUUUUCUCCUGGAGCAUUAGUAUGAGUAUUGUUUUGAAAUUCUCUUUUGUUGUCUUUGUAACUUUUUAUCUGUUGAGUACAGUAACAAUUAAAGAUGAUGUAAAUGAAUGUGAUUAUUUUUUACAAAAUGUACAGAAUAUGAUGUAUAGAUUAAUGUGUGUAAAUAGAUUUCUUUUUCAUACUGCAAUUCACUAUACAUUUCCUCUGGUUUUACUCUUCUGUUCUUUUUUGUUUUCAGUGUCACAUACCUAACAGCCUUCUCUGUGAUGUUGUAUAUAAUGCUGUGAACAAACAAGCGUUUACAUCUUUAUGCUAUCAGUGAAAACAGUAGUUAAUAACACCAUGAUGAACUGAAGAGGAGUCAGAAUAAAAAUUUUAAAGAUUUUGCACAGAACUUCUUUUAUAUGUCAAUACCUGUGUUGCUGGCAGCUAUUUUCUAGAUUACUACAUCUUGCUUAAAUGCAUUGUGUAGGAAGCACUGCAUAAUGGACCUACAACAAAAAUAAAGAUUAUGGAAUCUCUUCUGUAGAGGGAACACUA